CCGUCGCCGCGAACAUGUGUAGCGGAGCCGAUGGAGGCUCCUGGCCGCUGGCCAAAGACGCGCCCGCCGUAACCGCCGCCGCGAUCGACCACUACCGACUCCAGCUGUACAACUACGCCGUCGCCGAACGCCUCCGCCUGUAUCCGCCGGCGGUGGCACCAUGCUACGGCCCUUACGUGCCCCGGCUCGCGCUGUCCAUGUCUCUGCUCCAGCAGCGAGCCCUCCAGCCCGAAGAACCGAAACCACAGCACAGCUACAUAGGCCUCAUUGCGAUGGCUAUAUUGAACUCACCGGACUGUAAGCUUGUGCUCUCCGACAUCUAUCAACACAUCUUGGACAACUACCCUUACUUCCGAUCCCGAGGUCCCGGAUGGAGGAACUCAAUUCGGCACAAUUUGUCACUCAACGACUGCUUCGUUAAAGCAGGAAGAUCUGCGAAUGGGAAAGGCCACUAUUGGGCGAUCCAUCCGGCUAAUAUCGAGGACUUCCGUAAAGGUGACUUUAGAAGACGCAAGGCGCAAAGGAAAGUGCGUAAGCACAUGGGAUUGGCUGUGGACGAUGACGGUGAAGAUUCACCUUCACCGCCACCACAAUCACCACCACCGACAACUCUGGCGCUACCUUUUUGGGGUGGCGGAAGACUCCCAACGGGAGUACAAACGCGGAAGCGGCAGUUCGAUGUAGCUUCGCUCCUUGCGCCCGAUGAGGGUCCCGAAAAACGUGUAAGAAGGGACAGCAGUGGGGAAGAAGAAGUGGAAGAAGAUAUUGAUGUGGUAGCUAGUGACCAGGAAGAAGUGCGACCGGUGGAGGAGGAAACGCGGCCGCCACUAGCCCCGGCCGCUCACUACCCGUUGCUAGGUGGCUGGUGGCCCGCUUUAGACCCCGCUCUGCUACAGCAACUGAGGCGCCACGCAGCACAUUCUCCAGCUCCUCCUAGCCCUCCGGAUCAACAUCGUCCACCGGACACGUAAAUUGAUAUGUCUUCAACAAGACUUUUACCACUGGAUGCUUGGGACAGUGUAAAAACACACUCGCGGCGCAAGAAGUGUCGUGAUAUGUAUAAAUGUGAAUAGUGAAACAGUAUUAUUGCCGAAAAACUAAUGCGUAGUGGAUAAAUAUAAUUCUUUCCUCAUAAAGUUAUCUUGUUUCUUACUAUUUUAUUUAUAGAGAUUUGCACGCGUUGAACUCUUUUUCUUUGCGUAUAUAUUUUUUAUAUUCUUUCCUAUUAUUUUCAUGCCAGUCUUAUAUUAUCAGGUCAAUAAUUUUAACUGGAAUUAAAAAAUAUAAUUUUUAUUAUUAUUGUUAAUACAAUUUAUAAUAUUAUUAAUAUUGUCUCUUUGAACUGUUUAUACCUACUUUAUAUUUUCCUCUUACUAUUUGUAUAAAACAUGUAAAUUGUUGUAAAUGUACACUCAUUGUUAGCACUGUUUAUACCCGUGAUCCAUGUAGCUACUUAAUAGUAAAUAAUAUUAUAUACUUUUAAAGUCUGAAAAACGACCAAGUGACUGUAGAUAUUCGUAGAUUAUUUGUACAUAAAGUUAAAAACAUCUACUCAUUGUUGUUAUAGUAACAUGUGAAUAUAAUGUUGUUUAUUUACUAGAAAAAUUCGGAUUAAAUAGAAUAAGUAGGUGUAAGAUAAGUCUAUAAAAUUCAAUAAAUAUAAAUUAUAAUAACA